CGAACUCAUAUAAAUACGCCAAAGGCAAGGAAAGAAAUCAUCAGUGCUUGUUUCUGUUGACAGGCGACGAAAGACACCGAUCAUGGGAGAAAUCACAUCGAUCGCGUUUGUGAUUUUAGCUGCAAUGUCGCUAGUCGUUUGCAUCGAAGGUUGCGGCAGUCCAGAUGUGCAAAACUCAUACAUGCAAACAACAGCUAAAAUUUACAACGGCAGAUAUAGUCCUGGUGACGUGCUUUCUUUUCAAUGUCACGAGGGAUACAAGAUGACAGGGGCAGCAAGAAUAGUCUGUCAAUUUCGUGGCCGUUGGAGCAGGUCACCUCCAAAAUGUAUUCAGGAGGGGCAAACAUGCGUAGCUCCAAAACAUAAUGACUAUCAACACGAAGAGUACUCGAAAAUGAGAUAUGAUGUUGGCGAAACGAUUGAAUACAAAUGCAGAUUCGGAUACUAUGUACCAUCGACAAGAUACAUGACCUCGACAUGUAUGUCCAAUGGGAAAUGGAACAACAGGCCAUACAAAUGCCAAAGAUAUUGUGUGAAUCCUAAGAUUUUUUUCGGUGGUGAUUUCUACCCAGACAAACCUAAUUAUAAGUAUGGCGAAAAGGUUUAUUAUGCAUGUCCUGGCCAACAUUCGAGAUAUGUAUAUUCAACAUGCUCUAUCACCGGCGUAUGGAAGCAAGCAAGAAGAACUAGUACCGAUAGAUGCUUUGACUAUUGCAAGAUGCCUGAUAUGGAGUAUGGAAGUUAUGAACCUAAAAUGGACAAAUACAGACAAGGUGCUAAAAUCAAGUAUUCCUGUGACGAAGGUUAUUACAUGUCCUACGUACGCGGAAGUAGGAAAGGCAAUACUGCGACAUGUCAAAGCAGUGGGAUGUGGGAUAUGAGAAAGCCAAUGUGUAAAAAAUAUUGCAUGCCACCCGAUUAUCGAAUGCAUAAUCAUCGUCCUUACAGGAAAACAAAAUACCUUCCCGGAGAAAAUAUUUACUACUAUUGUAUGGAAGGUUUCUUGAAACCAAAGACAUACACAUACAGACAAGCCCGAUGUAUGUCUAACGGCAUGUGGAAUACGAAGCCAUACAAAUGUGAACGAUAUUGCAUGAUUUUUGACCACACCAACUUUUAUCAUAAACCAUAUGCAAAGCUACGAUACAAGCCAGGUGAAAGAAUGAUGAUGUACGAAUGUAUGGACGGAUAUCACAAAAAAUCAGACAAACCAUAUGACAUGCCUUUAUGUGGAUCCGACGGCAAAUGGGACAUGCCACCUUAUCAUUGUUUGAAAUAUUGUGACGCUCCGAUGAUAAAACACGGAAGUUCCCUACCCACGAAAACAAAGUACAAAUACAUGGAAAAGGUAACAUACCAAUGUGAAGACGGAUACACAAUGCAACACAAAGCCGAGAUAUACGAAGGAAACACGUGCGAUAAAUAUGGAAAAUGGAAACACAUGACUCCGAUGUGUAAAAAAUAUUGUAUGAAGCCAAUGAUAAAAAAUGGUCGCAGUGUUCCUGAAAUGGAAAAAUACAACAUUGGGGAUCGUGUUAGCUACAAAUGCGAUGAAGGAUACAUGGCUAAAUAUUCAGGAGCGUGGAUUUACGAAUCAAAUCUUUGCAUGGAAACUGGGGAAUGGGAGCAUAUGUCUGUAACCUGCGAAAUUGACAAUUCUGGAAAAUGUCAACCGCUCCAAAUUAGCAACGGAUCUUACAUGCCUGCUAAAAAAUAUUACGAAGUUAUGGAUAAAGUAUCGUUUAAGUGCAACGACGGAUAUGGAAUAUUUUUUGAAAAAGAUUGGUUCGAGUUGGCAACGUGUAUGACUGGUGGAAAAUGGGAUUUCGAUCCUCCUAAAUGUAGACCGGAUGACAUGAAAUUCUGCAAAGCACCGAUGAUAAUGCAUGGAUCGUAUGAACCUAUGAAUAAAAUGUAUAGCAAAGAUGAUCGAGUGUAUUUCAAGUGUGAUGGAGGAUACCAACUUUAUUUCCCAGAGGACUGGUUUGAGUUUGUUACUUGUCAAAGUGACGGAAAUUGGGAUUUCAAGCCACCAAAAUGCAGAAGCAUGAGUAAAAGCUACUGUAAUCCUCCAGAAUUCAUUAAUGGCAUGUACAUGCCUGCAAUGAAAAUGUAUGAAGAAGGGGACAGAUUAUACUUCAAGUGCACAACUGGCUAUCAGAUAUUUUACGGUAAAGAUUGGUUUGAAUUCAGCACAUGUCGCAAUGACGGAAAGUGGGAUUUCAAACCUCCGAUGUGUAGAAGAUCGGUCAGCGAUGAUGAAAAAUUUUGCUACGGCCAGGAAAUUAUUCACGGUAUGAUGCAGCCUCAAAAGUACAUGUACGACAUCGGAGAUACGGUUAAGUACAAAUGCAAAAACGAUUACAUGAUACAUUACGAAGACGAAAAACCAUUCUCCUACGACGAGUGUAAGCCUGAUGGAACAUGGAAACAUACCGCUCCGAAGUGUAUUUCUAAAUUGCAAAACUACUGUUACCCUCCUGGCAUGAUGUACGGAUCGUAUAUGCCGGCUAUGAAAAUGUAUAAACCAGGAGAUCGACUCCGAUAUAAAUGCAAAAAGGGAUAUGAUUUGUAUUACGAAGACGAUGGAUUCGAGUAUUCAACUUGCAUGAAAAAUGGCAAAUGGGAUAAAGAGCCACUGAAGUGCACAGACAGUCAAAAAAUGUAUUGCCAGAAGCAAAUGAUUGAAAAUGGAUUUUACAAACCAGUUAUGAAAAUGUACCUUCCAAAAGAUAAAUUACAUUAUAAAUGCAAUACGGGAUUCAUGCUUUAUUUUGAAAAGGACUGGUUUGAAUUUGCAACUUGCAAAGAUAACGGACUCUGGGAUUUUGAGCCUCCAAAAUGCAUAAAAGCUGAAAUGGAUUACUGCUCUCCGCCGCGAAUCGAUAAUGGAUUUCAAAUGCCAAUGAAAUCUCAAUAUGCCAUCGGAGACAAAGUGAAAUACAGUUGCAAAAUGGGAUAUAGGUUGUUCUACGAAUUUGAUUGGUAUGAAUUCAGCACGUGCAAGCCCGGUGGACAUUGGGAAUUCAAACCACCGUUGUGUAAAGACACGAGAAUCAAAUAUUGCAGUCCUCCAGAACAUCCAAAUGGAUAUUUCAAACCAUUUAAAAGGAUGUAUGAAGAAGGAGAUCGUGUUUACAUCAUGUGUAAUAUAGCGUUUAAAAAGCAAUUCUAUGAUGAAUCUCGGUUUGAAUGCGUCACGUGUUUGAAUGGAAAAUGGGACAAGAAAAUCCCAAAAUGUGUGAGAAGAGACACGAAUUAUUGUACACCGCAGGCGAUAUUACAUGGGAUGUAUGAGCCGCAAAUGAAAGUGUUUUCUGAAGGAGACCGUGUUUGGUACAAAUGCGAAGAUGGUUAUAUGAAAGUAGAGGAUGACGAUGACCAUGACCACGAUGAAGAUGACCAUGAACAUGGACAUGACCACGAUGAUGAUCACCAUGAACAUGACCAUGAUGAUGAUGAUCAUGGCCAUGGACAUGACCACGAUGAUGACGACCACAGCCACGACAAAGAAAGCCAUCACAGCCAUGAUGAUGAUGACCAUGAACAUGGACAUGAUCACGAUGAUGACGACCACAGUCACGGUACGAAAGGCCACCAGCAUGGCCACGAUGAUGAUGACCAUGAACAUGACCAUGAUGAUGAUGAUCAUGAACAUGGACAUGACCACGAUGAUAACGACCACAGUCACGAUAAAGAAAGCCACCAGCAUGGCCACGAUGAUGAUGACCAUGAACAUGGACAUGACCACGACGAUGACGAUCACAGCCACGGUAUGAAAGGCCACCAGCAUGGCCACGAUGAUGAUGACCACAAACAUGGUCAUGACCACGUUAAUGACGACCACAGCCACGACAAAGAAAGUCACCAGCAUGCUGAUGAUGAUGACCAUGAACAUGGACACGGCAACAACGACCACCAUGAUCACCAUAGGGACUAUGGAACUUGCUUGAAAAACGGCCAAUGGGAUCGAAAACCACCCAAGUGUAUGCGUAGAAAUAUGGAUUAUUGUUUGUCACCUGAUUUCGAUCACGGAAGAUAUAGUCCGAUGAAAAAAAGAUAUUAUCCUGGUGAUACGUUGAUGUAUUACUGUGAUAGAGGACACAUAAUAAUGUAUCGUGGAGAAAAAUACAGCAAAGCAAAAUGCCUGUCAUCCGGAAAAUGGGAUCAAAUGCCACCUAUGUGCAUGCAUGAAAAGAAGCCUUAUUGCAAGUCGCCAAAUAUAAUGAAUUCCGAAAAGCUUAAACCUGAUAAGAAGUAUUACAUGAUUGGGGACAGACUUUACGUGAAAUGCAAAUCUGGAUUUUACAAGAAAUAUUCAGGCUAUAAUCAAAUGUACAGCACUUGUGGCAAUGGCGGAAAAUGGGACAUGAUUCCGAUGUGUGUAGAAUUACCGAAAAAACUAUGUAAGUCACCUAAACAUGCUGUAUAUUUGCACAAAUGCUAUUCUAAAAUGUACUACAUGCCCGGCGAUUGGAUAAAAUAUGAAUGUGAUCAUGGAUAUUAUGACUCGUCUGGAUCGAUGCCAAAGUAUGCAAUUUGUAAAUCUGACGGAACUUUUACUGUAAUGCCUAAAAAAUGUACAAAAUACUGUAUGGUUGAUGAUAUGAGAUACAGAUAUCACACUCCAAUGAAAAAAUACUACAAACCCGGGGAGAAAAUCAGUUAUUCAUGCAACGAUGGAUUUUACAUGAAAUAUGAAGGAAUGUCUCGUUCCAACGAAGCCAAGUGUUUGCCAGGAGGAAUGUGGGAUCGCGAAGCACCCAAGUGCAUGAGAAAUUGCUAUGCACCAACAACUUACUUCAAUGGUCAAUAUUUCCCGAAGAAAUAUGCAUUUAAUCACGGAGAGUCAAUUUAUUUUAUGUGUUAUCCUGGAUAUCAAAUAAUUUCUACUAAAUCUUCGGUUACUUGCGGGCAUUAUGGAAAAUGGGAUGAUUAUAUUCCAAUGUGUUAUGGAAUGAGGGUGAUGGAUAUGUCUCAAAUGGGAGAUAGAUAAACGACAGGACGGAAUUCUAACAACUUCAAUCUAAAUUCGAGAGCAAAUUGGAUGAAAUAUCAACAGUUUUCAAUUUGUGACAGACGAUUUUGGAGAUGAACUACGUCAUACAAGUGUAUUUUAUACAUCCUCUAUAUAUUGAAGUGGUGUGAUUUAACAAGCUAACCGACAAAAAUAAAACGAAUCUUUUGUUGCAA